AAGUAUACUUGACCAUCUAUUCAAGACAAGUUACAACAAUUUCAAAAGUGUGCUAUUUCCAUCAUCUUUCUCUCCAUCAAACACCACCAAAACUCCUUUACUUUUUUCACUUUUCCUGUCCAUUAAUACAAGUAUUAUCCUGUACAAAGAUCAUCUCUUUUGUAUUGCAUGACCAUGUAUACUUCUCUUCGACUCUUGCUGUUUUCGUCUCUAAUUUAUGUAUCCAUCUGUCAAGAAACGUUCGACCCUCACACUCUUCCAAGGCCCUUGAUUCUUGAAACCCAUGUGAAAGAAACACCAUUGUUAUCAUCAGCUGAUGAUGAUGUUACUUUACAUUGUACUAGCUGGAGAUUUGCUGUGGAGUCUAAUAAUUUGAGCCCAUGGAGAACUAUUCCUCAAGAAUGUGGAGAUUAUGUGAAGGAUUAUAUGACUAAAAGGGGGUAUGAAGUUGACCUUGAAAGGGUGGCUGAUGAGGCUAUUUUGUAUGCUUCAAGUGUGGAAUUGAGAGGGGAUGGGAAGGAUAUUUGGGUGUUUGAUGUGGAUGAGACUUUGCUUUCUAAUCUUCCUUACUAUGCUGAUCAUGGUUAUGGACUAGAGGUGUUUGAUAGCGAGGCGUUUGACAAAUGGGUGGACAAUGGAAUAGCACAGGCAAUCAGGUCCAGCUUGAAGCUAUAUGAGGAAGUUGUAAAGUUUGGUUUUAAGGUUUUCUUGCUGACUGGACGCAGUGAAAUGCGCCGAAUGGUUACAGUUGAGAACCUGAAUAGAAGCGGAUUCCAUGGUUGGGAUGACCUCAUAUUGAGAGGUGCUGAGGACCAAAAGAAAACUGCAACACAAUUCAAGUCUGAGAAGAGGCACAAAAUGAUUGAACAAGGCUAUCGUAUUCAUGGGAACUCGGGAGAUCAAUGGAGUGACUUGCUAGGAUCUGCAAUGGCUGCUCGAUCUUUCAAGCUGCCAAAUCCUAUGUAUUAUAUUCCCUGAUGAAAGUGGAUCGCCUAUUUUUUAGAAUUCAAGUGUAUAUUAUUGCAAUGAAAGUGUAUAUUAUUGCAUUGAUCAUAUAUUCUUAGAAAUUAGAAUGAAAUACUCAUUAGUCACUGUUAAAAGUGUAACGGUGCAUGUUCAUAAACUCCACCUUUUUAUAUAUGCACUCUUUAAAUAUGUAGUGCACCUUCCUUAA